AUAUAGUUAUUUAUAAUUAUAAGAUUAUAAUUAAAAUUUUUAUAAAAUGUCAAAUAUAGAGAUAAAAUUGCCAGAUAAUAGAGAACCAGAAUCAGGACCAGAAUAUCCAUAUCCUAUUUAUUUAAAAGGAAAGGUGAUCAAAGGGUAUGGUAGAGGAAAAAGUGAAUUGGAAAUACCAACAGCAAAUAUUUCGGAAGAAAAUCUUCCAAAAAAUUUAGCAACAAAAACAGGGAUAUAUUAUGGGUGGGGUCGAGUGAUGAAGGAAGGAGAGGAUAAUAAAGUAUAUUCGGUGGUUAUGAGUAUAGGAUGGAAUCCAUAUUAUAAUAAUAAUAAAUUAUCAGUUGAAGUACAUUUUAUUCAUGAAUUUAAAAAAGAUUUUUAUGAAGAAGAAAUAAGAUUGAUAAUAAUGGGAUUUAUAAGACCGGAAUGUAAUUAUAUAUCUAAAGAAUUAUUGAUAGAAGAUAUUCAGAAAGAUAUAGUUAUCGCAAAGAAAUCGUUAGAAAGAGAAACAUAUUCAUUAUAUAAGAAAGACAAAUUCCUGGUCUUAGAAACAUAAAUAUAAAGUGAAUAAUGAUUGAAGCCUUAAUAAUAUGUUGAAAA